UGCAUAUCUACAACUUCAGUUUAUUGUUUGUAACAAUUCGUGGAGGUUGUUAAGAGAUUUUUCUCUCAACAAUCCCAAGUUUUGACUGAAGCAGCAGUACUGAAAGCAGAUAGACAUGUGGGGUGGCACACAAUUCACGUGACCUACAAAUAGCUCUGUAAAGAGACCGAAGUCCUAUAGCUCUGAUGUAUACACGCUCAACAUUGAAAACUGAUUUCUUCCUCCCAAUGGAGCUGAUCAUGAUAUUUUGCCUUCUCUUCUUCAUUAUUUUCUGCCUUCGUAAGUUGGUUUUUCAGAAGAGAGAAGCCUGCUGCUAUAUGAUGGCUUAUGAAUGCUACAAAGCUCCAGAGGAUAGGAAGCUUGACACAGACACUUGUGCAAGAAUAGUCCUCAGAAAUAAGAACCUGGGGCUACAAGAAUACAAAUUUCUCUUAAAAACUAUUGUUAGCUCGGGCAUUGGUGAAGAAACGUAUAGCCCUAGAAACGUUAUCUCAGGCCAAGAGGAUUCUCCGACCCUGAAAGACUCCAUUUCGGAAAUGGAUGGUCUCAUCUUUGACACGCUCGACAAGCUCUUUGCCAAAACAGGAAUUUCUCCAACGAAAAUUGACAUACUUGUUGUCAAUGUUUCUUUGUUCUCUCCUGCACCUUCUCUGACAGCUCGAGUAGUUAAUCGUUACAAGAUGAGAUCAAACGUUAAAACUUUCAACCUCUCCGAAAUGGGCUGCAGUGCAAGCAUUGUAGCCAUUGAUCUGGUGCAACACUUGUUCAAGUCAUACAAGAAUGCCUUCGCUAUUGUUGUGAGUACAGAAUCAUUAGGUUCAAAUUGGUACCAAGGCAAAGAAAAAUCCAUGAUGCUCUCAAACUGCCUCUUCCGUUCAGGAGGUUGCUCAAUGCUCUUCACAAACAACAGUGCUUUAAAACAUCAAGCUAUCUACAGAUUGAAACAUGUCGUGCGUACGCAUCUUGGCUCAAACGACGAGGCCUGCGGAUGCUGCAUACAAGUAGCAGAUGACCUUGGCUACAAAGGUUUUCUCCUUACUAAAAGCCUUAAAAUAUCUGCUGCUAAGGCUCUUGCUGCGAAUCUUCGUGUCUUGUUUCCUAAAAUAUUACCACUAAGUGAACAACUUCGCUAUGUUUAUGUAUCUCGUCAGCAGAACAAAACCAAAAGGAACAGUCUUCAAGAAAUGGGAGCAGGCUUGAAUCUGAAGACUGGAGCGGACCAUUUCUGUGUACACCCAGGUGGAAGGGCAAUAAUUGAUGAGGUUGGGAAAAGUUUAAGCCUCAGUAAUUAUGAUCUCGAGCCAGCGAGAAUGGCUCUUCAUCGAUUUGGCAAUACAUCAGCUGGUGGCCUUUGGUAUGUUUUAGCCUACAUGGAGGCUAAGCAGAGGCUUAAAAAAGGUAAUAAAAUACUAAUGACCAGUCUUGGCGCAGGUUUCAAGUGCAACAGCUGUGUUUUCGAGGUAACGAGGGACCUGAAGGAUGCCAAUGUUUGGAAAGACAGCAUAGACCAAUACCCCCCCAGAAACCACUAUCAACCCAUCCAUUGA